CAGUACGGGUACGGCGGGCGGAAGAGUCACCACUCACCAGUGAACAACCGAAUGGCCGGCGGCGGCGGCUGCGACGGCGAUUCAAACUGCCGGGCCGCGCUCCGGGAGGCCUUCGGCGAGUCGUCGGACAGCGACUCCGACGCUCCGUCCGGGGUCAGCUCUGGGGCGGGCCGCGGGCGGUGGAGGUGGGAGGCGGUGGCGGGGAUUAGGGGGCUGUGGCUCUGCGCCGCCUUCCUCUCCGCCGACGAGCAGGCGCGCCUCCUCGCCGCGAUCCAGCGGGAAGGAUGGUUCAUUGAUGCAAACAACCAAGCAAUGCGAUUUGGUGAUCUCCCUUCAUGGGCUAUUGAGCUUUCCACCCUCAUUCGUGAAGCUGUUUGUCUUGGUGAUGUCAAUGUUGGUGUUGGUUCAAAGAUGACAAAUGAGGAUGAAGAUGCAUGUCCUUUGCCAUCAGAUUUGUUGUGGAGGGAGCCAUUUUUUGAUCAAAUGAUUGCAAACAGAUACAACCCAGGUGAGGGUGUCUGCGCCCAUGUUGAUCUGAUGCGCUUUGAUGAUGGAAUCGCAAUAGUCUCUCUUGAGUCAGCUUGCGUGAUGCACUUCAGCCAAGCAGAACCAACUGGCACAGUCUUGGACACAGGGCACCUGAAGAAAGGGGACCGUGAGCCUACAAAGAUCCCUGUUUACCUCAACCCAGGCUCCCUUGUUGUGAUGUCAGGAGAUGCAAGAUACCUCUGGAAGCAUGAGAUCAACCGCAAACCAGGUGUACAGCAGUGGGAUGGCAGGGAACUUGAGCAGCAUAGAAGAACUUCUGUUACACUGAGAAAACUCUUAGCUUCUCCAAGCUGAAGUGGACAUGACACUUGAAGACAGUGAACAAUAGAUUUCUCCCCAUUUUUGCAGUUCAAAGCCAUUGUUACCGUUACAGAGUCAUCACUAUUGAACCUAAGUGGCUGACACUAUUGUAAUUUUAGAAGUUAGAAGUCAGGUGAUGUUACAACCCUUUUUUGGGAGAUAUCAUCGAAAAUUGUAAUGUAAUGCCAUUUCUGAAAAUAAUCAGAAUGGAAGCAGAGGACUAUUGUUGAAUGCUUCGAGUUCAGAUCAAUAUUAUUGGCAGAA